AUGGUGUUGAACGCUGAGGAAGAGGAGAAGGAGGACAAGUUUGCCCUGAGGUGUAAGAACUGCAAAACCAACAUCCACCACCAGUGUCAGUCCUAUGUGGAGUUCCAGAAAUGCCUUGGGAAGAUUUCCCCAGGUUUCAGGCGGGCCUACAGCUCUCCUCUCUACAGCAGUCAACAGAACGCCACAUCCAACCGUAGUGACCCGGUCUUUGAGACCCUGCGUGUUGGUGUGACAAUGGCCAACAAGGAGCGCAAGAAGGGAUCAGAGUACAAGAAGAACUGCUUGUAUUACUCAACAUGGGGUGGUCACAGAAUGGUGAGACUGGCAGAGGGAGACAAGAAAGGAGACAAAGCAGCCGCAGAUGAUAAGAAGCCUCAGCCAGGGGGGAAGCUAGGUGUGUUCUCCCAGUACCACUACUACCUGGCUCUGUAUCACGUCAAGGCUGUGGAGAAAGAUGACCUGGACCUACAUGCAGGGGACCGGAUCACAGUGAUAGAUGACUCCAAUGAGGAGUGGUGGAGGGGAAAAGAUAGGGAGAGAUCUGGCUUGCAUUCUGGGGAGAGGGUUUACAAGGUGACGCGUUCCUUCAUAGGUAACAGAGAGAUGGGACAGAUCACACUGAAGAAAGACCAGAUCGUUGUGAAGAAAGGAGAGGAGGUGAAUGGCUAUCUGAAAGUCAGCACUGGACAGAAGCUGGGGUUCUUCCCUGCCAAUCUUCUCCAGGAGAUCUGA